AUGGCUCGUUAUGAUCCCUUCUCUCCAACCUUCGACCACCCGCUGCUUAAUUCAAGUCCCGACUACGGCUCGCGAAAUGGUUCCUUUAGAAAUCGCCCGAUUGGCGACAUCGGCGUUGUUGCACCCCAGAUGUCUUUUCGAGAGCGGACGAAACGUCUCCGGAGCCUUGAAGAUGAGAAAAAUCAAUUGAUUGAGGAUUUGCUGUUCCAACUCGAAACCACCCAGACUCAACUCGACCGACUACAACUAGAUCACAACAGGGAAGCUCAAUAUAACAGAGAGGGCCAGCUGCGUGAGACUGCUCUGCAUGAGCAACUGCUGCAAGUCAAGACGAUAAUGGAUCGGAAUCCCUAUAUCAUGGUUCUCCUCGAUGGCGACAGUUUGAUAUUCACCAAAGAGUUACUGUCCAAGGGCGAAUACGGGGGCAAAGAGGCUGCAAAAAGUAUAUCUUCCGCAAUGAGCGCCUUCGCCGCCGAACAUCUCCAUCAUCUGGAUUCGCCAAAGAUUGUCACACGGGUAUAUGCCAAUACAAAGUCAUUAUCCGAAAACCUUGCCAAGUUGAAGUUAAUCGAGCGACCUGUCUUACUCGACGACUUUGUCCGGGGUCUCAAUAGCAGUCAGCUGCCAUUCGAUUUUGUGGAUGCUGGGCCUCGCGCCGCGGAAAAGGUCUGUGACCAAUUUCAGACACAUCUCUACAAUUGUCACUGUCACCAGGUUGUACUUGGGUGCUCCAGCGAUAGCCGGUAUGCGGCUCUUCUGGAGCAAACGGUGAAAGAUGCCACGGUGCUGAAUCACAUUACACUUGUGGAGAGCGUACCAUUUGAGAAAGACAUUGUUGCACUGAAAACCCAUUUUAAGACCACAAAGUUGGACAAUGUGUUUCGCAGCACCAAGCUUGGCCUUCCACUUGCGCCAAAGGGUCCAUUACAGGCGGUCACUGCAACUCUGCCUGCACUUUCUCGAGUCGAUUCAAAUGCAACCACAGGCACCACUUCAAGUUCCAGUACUCCGGCCAUGACGUGGGCCACGAUGACGGCCCAACCUUUCGUUCCUUCAGCUCCCGCCUCGAAAGCAAGUACAACUCGAACGUCCACUCCCACGUCCAUGAAGAGCCCUGAGGCCGUGGUCUCCAAACCAGUGACGAAGACCAUCGAACGGAAUCGACAUGGCCAGCGGAUCGACAAGGUCGACUCUACCAUCCCUAACCAUGAGAUCCAGCGGAUCAAGAAACUGAAGUUGUGCAACGUCUAUUACCUACAAGGCCCGUCCUUUUGCACAUCAAGCAACUGUUCUCAUUCGCACUCCUAUCCACUGUCCAAAGGUGAGCGCAACGUGUUGCGCGAGGUCGCGAGGAUGACACCUUGCUAUUACAAACUGGAUUGCUCCGAUCCCGAAUGUAUCUAUGGACAUCGGUGUCCACAGAACAAGCCUGACGAAGGAGGCUGCUGGUAUGGUGAAGACUGUCGUUUCUAUGGCUGGGGUCAUGGGAUCGACACCCGGGUGGUCAAGACGACAAAGGUAUGA